AUGAACACAGAUGUGUGUAAAUUAUUUAUUAAAGUUGAUGAGCUUUUCAUCGAGGGGAAGGUCAAAGAAGAUGCAUUUAAUAAUAGCUCAUAUACAAAUUUUUGUGAUAAAGGAGCAUGCAGCACAAAUUAUGAUAGAAUUGGUGCCUUAUGCGAAUAUUUACUUACAGAAUUAUCAAAAUUUGAUAAAAAGGAAAAGGGCAGUAAUAAUGAUGCUAAUCAAAAUUAUGAAUACGUUUUUAUGUGGCUAGCAGCCAAAUUUCGUGAGAUAUCUCGUGACACUUCCUUCAGUAUAAGUGAUUAUUAUGAGGAUGCUAUAGUUCAAUCUGGAGGUAACUUUAAUUGCUGGGACAAAUUAGAUAGUAAAAAAUAUUUGAAGGGUAGUAAUAUUUCUGUUAUGUCUGCAUUUUAUUAUUUAUUUAUAAAUAUAUGUAAUGCACUGGUGGGAAAUGAAAUAUCCAAUUUCAGUCUAAAAAAAUUUAAGGAUUAUGAUUAUGAAUAUUAUAGAAAGUAUAAUUUAAUUAAUUCAGAUGCUUCUUAUUGUGGUACAUAUAUUCAAUUAUUGACUGAUUUAAAAAAAACAUAUGACGAAUAUAGAAACUUAGCUAUUGAGAAAAUCCCAAAAGAUUAUAAUAUACUUUCUUUAACUUGUUCCCCAUUAAUUAAUAAAGAUAAUCAUCCCGAUUUACAAUUAAACAGUCAUGGAUGUAUACAAUUGCAUGAAUUUUUGGGCCAAGUUCGCAAAAAACCUAAAUCAAACCCCCCAUCGAGUGAAUCAAAAUCACCACCAAAUGGCUCAGAAACUAAAAAGGAAAGCCAGCCAUCAAAUAUUGGUGAAGAAUUAAAUUUUGAGAAAAUUAAAGAUUAUUCUGUACAAAUUUUCGAUAAAUAUAGUCCACAAUUUAUUCAUACCGCUACUAGGAUUGAGAAUCACAUACGCGAUAUGGUAAGAUAUAAUUUUAUUAAUAUUGUUGGUAUAGGUUCCAAAUAUAUAAAAGCUAUAGAAAAUGUAAAAUUGCCAAAUUUUCAGAUUCUAGGACCAAAUAAUAAAGAAAAAGAAUCUGAAAAAUCAAAAAAAGAAAAAGUAGAACCUCCAACACCACCACAAACUACUGGGGAAACCACAGUAUGUUCGGAUAAUAUAUUAUCAAAAGUAUUGAAUGUCCCAGGAUGUAAUUUAAUUGGAUUAAAUAGAAAUAUAACAAGAUUGCUGUCAUUUAAAUUUGAAGGAAAUAAAGUAGCUAUUAUAGUUCUCACAGUUGUUUCAAUAACUAUUGUUUUAGCAAUUAUGUAUUGGUAUUUAUAUUAUGGAUGUGGAAAACCCAUGAAGAAGAAAAAAAUGGGAAACAAAAUUAUAAAUUUAGUUGAUGAAAAAGGAAGGGCAAAGAGAAUUAUAAGCCCAAUUGAUCGGAAAAGGGGUGUAAAAACAAAUAUGGAUUUAGAUUAUGAAGAAAAAAAAACAAUAGUUAUUAUAAAUCCAUAUGAUGAAAAAAAUAUAUCAAUACAAAGAAUAAAACCUCCCUCUCUCAAAAUAACAUUAUUAAAUACAUACAAACAUAUAUAUGUUAAUCCUUCUCCAUUUAUUAAUUUAUUUUUUUUGUUGAUUUUUUUUAUCUAUAAAAGAAAACGAGAUACCAUAAAUGAUAAAUUUAAUUAA